AUGUUCUCGACUGUGGGCACUGAAGUCACACCCGACAACAUGGUUUCUAUUAUGUUGCAGAGCGCGGACUGUUGGAGGAGCGUCGAGUCCUUCAUUACAACUGUAAUGAGGACGAAGGAGGACGACAGAAGAAGGUUAAAGUCUCAAAAAGGGUGUGAUGUUGAUGAUGAUCAUAAUAAUGUUGAUCAUUGUCAAGGUGAUGAUUAUCAUGAUGAUUGUCAUGAUGAUGAUCAUAAUGCUAAUGAUUAUAAUGAUGAUGAUCAUCAAUAUGAUCAUCAUGAGGAUGCUCAUACUAAUGAUGAUCAUGAUGAUGAUCAUGCUGAUGCUCAUACUAAUGAUGAUCAUGAUGAUGAUCAUCAUCAUCAUGAUCCUCAUCAUGAUUAUCAUAUUUAUGAUAAUCAUCAUGAUCAUUAUUGUCAUGAUAAUCAUCACCUUGACCAUAAUCAUCAUCAUUAUCAUAAUUCUGAUCAUUAUAAUUAUGAUCAUCAUCAUGACAAUAAUUAUCAUGAUAAUUACCACGUUGACCAUGAUCAUCACCAUCAUGAUCAUUAUCAUUAG